AUGAUGUCGUCUAUUGAUAGCAAUUUAAUAUACCAACCGAGGAGAGCAGACAAUGCUACAAAGAUAAAGAGACAAGCCGCUGCAAAUGCACUACAGCAAUAUUCAUUGUUGGCAUUACAAGCUGUGAAGGAUGGCGAGAGCCCAGCAAAGACUCGAUUGAAGAUGAUGCGUGCAUUGACCGACUUACCCAAUGAAUUGCCAAAAGAAUCCUACGGCAGUAUGAGAAAGAAAUCAACAGGCCCUUCUUCUCGUUGA